AUGGUGAAGAUAGCGCUUCAAAUAAAAGCAAAUCUUGACAAUGUCACAGAUUUUCAUAUAGAAUCUUUUGAUGAUUUUAUCUGGUAUUUAAAAUUAGAUUGUACAAAAUGUCAUACACAUUCUGAUACAUAUCAUGAUAUUAAUAUAAAACAAUCAUCAAGCAUAUCUGGAAGUCGUGGUGAAGCUAAUUUUUUAAUGAAAUGUAAAUUUUGUUCACAAGAAGCAAAUCUAAAUAUUGAACCAGUUAAACCACCAAUGAAUUAUACAACUGAUGAUUCGGAUAAUCAUACUUUUAAGACACUUGUUAUAUUUGAAUGUCGUGGUAUUGAACCAGUUGAUUGGCAACCAGGUGACGGAUGGACAUGUCAAGGUGUUGAAUCUAGUACGAACUUUGGUCAAAUUGAUUUGUCCGAAAAUAAAGAAUGGAUGGAUUAUGAUGAAAAAGCUAAACAACCUGUAGCCAUUAAUGAACUUGAAUUUAAAUUUGUUAAAGUUAAAUAA